UGAGCGUGACGUCGCCGUCGUGGUCGUCGUCGUCCUCGUUGCCGCCGCCGUCGUCGCCGUCGUCCCGACGUCGAACGUCGCUCGGUCGGUCGUGUCGAUAGGUGGAGAUAGGAUCUCUAAAAGAAAUAUCUCGCGUUCGUUUGUCGACGGGCUGCUGCUGAGGUCGCGCUCGGAGCACGAGAAGAAGAGGAGGAAGAAGCUGCCGAUAGAGGAGUCGGUGAAUCUGUGCCUGGAUAAGGGAAGUACAUACAGUGGCCCUGGUCUUGCUGGCAGUGACGGGGGGGUGCUCCUGGGAAGUGCUGGUGUCUCCUGGGGAGGUGGCGGGCCUCGACGUGGUUUUAGAGUGCGAAAGUGGCACGAGUGGCGUGUCGAGUGCCAGUCCGUCGGGUCGCUCGGGUCGCUCGGGUCUGCGGGGUCGUCUCGACGGUGGCUCGUACGCGGGGCGGCGCGUCGCGCGCCCUCCCUGGUUCGCGGGGCUGAUGCCAGUGCAGCUAUUCGGCGCCCGCUCCAACUCUCGGAUGCGCGAACGAGAUAUUUUCCUAGUGAUGGUCAGCUGUGAAGUGGGCACGGUACGGAAAGCCUCCGGAAAUGCGCCUUAGACACGUAACUCUGAUCGACAGGGACACCCUACGGCAGCGCAAUGUUCGCGUACGGUUUCGAGAUAACGUAGGCAUGUAAUAUCAAUGUGCGGCGUGCCCUGUGUAGCUUCACGGUGAAAAUCUGGCGUGAUCGGUGCCGCGGUGGAUCGGGGAUCAUGGCGUCGGUCUCGGCCGAGACUCCAGCCAGCCAUGGGCACAGCUUCAGUAAGAAAACGUUUCAUAAACCGACCUACUGCCAUAGCUGCACGGACAUGCUCUGGGGCCUCAUACAGCAGGGGUACAUCUGCGAAGUGUGUAACUUCGUGGUGCACGACCGCUGUCUCAAGGCCGUCGUCUCUCCCUGCUCCAGCAUCGCGGCAAGCCUGAUUAAGAACCCUGUUGCACACUGUUGGUCUGAACAGGUCCAUCACAAAAGAAAAUUUUGCAACGUGUGUCGAAAACGCCUUGAAGACAGUCUGUCCAUUCACUGUGAAAUAUGCGAGUACUUCGUCCACACAGACUGCCAGGAUUUCGCAGUGGCAGAUUGCAAAGAAAACGCGACGUACUUGCCGGGCAAGGAUCUCGCAUCGGUGAAGCACACGCAUCACUGGCGCGAAGGGAAUCUUCCGAGCAGUUCGAAAUGCGCCGUCUGCAAGAAAGGCUGCUUCUCCGCCGAGUGUCUCUCUGGGUUUCGAUGCGAGUGGUGCGGCAUGACGUCCCAUGCCUACUGCUACAAACACAUCCCGGUCGAGUGCACCUUUGGAAAUUUGGAACCGAUCUACCUGCCACCGCAUGCGGUCAGCAUACCACGUACAGAAGUACCCAUGGAGGCCAUCAUUGGGGUUCAAGUACGACGUAAGGAAAUCCUGGCGCGUGAGUAUUCCUGCCAUUACACCGGAGAGCAAUUCGAUUUCGCUGAGAGUGAACAAAUUGGGGGUGCAGGUCACCUGGCCGAAGCUUUGAGGCGCCUUUCGCUAGUUUUGCCACGUAGCUGCCAUGGAAAUUGUCAUGCUUCCCCUCCUUAUGUUCGAGCGAGGAGCAUAUCAGAGGAGUUCAGUAGCGGGGAUACGCGAUACAGGGACAAUGGGGAACCAUCUCAACAAGGCGGAACUCACAGUCGCGAGCAAAGACCAUCCAAAGAAAAGGACGAUAAGGAGAGAGGAGACGAAGAAAUGAUAAAAGUAUACGACGGCAACAAUUCUUUGAGACGUCGAAUAUUUAGGGUUAUUACGGUACCACGACAAGCCACCACGGAGCAGGUCCUUACGAUAGCCCUGAGAGCAUUUCACAUCACCAAGGAUCCAAGUAAUUUCUAUUUGACUGAUCUCUAUGCAACGGACGAGACUCAACUGAACGAUCCUACACCGAUUUUGAAUUUACAUCGGGAGGAAGGCAAACGUCCAGCUGUUUUUCUGCGGUUUAAGGACAACGAAAGUGGAGAGGUUCGGGUUUAUCCUGGUAAAUUACAAGUGUCGGAGGCUUUCUGUAUAGUUCCUGUUACCGAAUCGACGACAGUGGCUGAUCUCAUCCGGGAGGCUCUUCAUCGUUUCGGAUUGCAGAAUUUCGAGUGCGAGGAUUAUCGAUGCAGCGAAAUUCUUUUGGAUCGCGGCGUUUCGGAACGGGUAUUGGCCUGGGACGAGAAACCUUGGGAAAUUGUCAAGCAACUUGGGAAGGACUCGAUAAGACAAAUGGAAUUGAUGAGAUUUUAUCUUCAAUUACAACAAGACCCUCAUGGACCUAAUCUCGCUUUGUUCGUCGGCAACUUACCGCCGAAUCUUUCCGAGCGCAAUUAUGAGAACAUGUUAACCGAAUUCUUAGGAAAAGAAAAUAAAUUCUCGUCCAUCGGACCUAUAUACUACGAGUACGGGUCGAUGGUAAUUAUUUACGAAGACUCGAACAAGGCGGUCAGGGCGCUCUACAUGUUACGGGACUCGAAGUACGAAGAUAAACAUCUUUUAGUGAUGCUUCUACCAAGUAUCGACCCCAGCAUGGUGCCACCGGGUGUUCAACCUCUACUCGUCUUCGUUAACGUAAAAUCCGGUGGAUGCCAAGGACUCGAGUUAAUCUCUAGUUUUCGAAAGCUCCUAAAUCCUUAUCAAGUAUUCGACUUGGAUAACGGGGGUCCACUUCCUGGGCUCUACGUAUUCCGUCACGUGAAGAAUUAUAAGAUCCUGGUAUGCGGGGGUGACGGGACGAUAGGCUGGGUCUUACAGUGUCUGGACAACGUUGGCCAGGAUAGCGAGUGCUCGUCGCCGGCGUGUGCCAUUGUUCCUCUUGGUACCGGAAAUGACCUGGCGCGUGUCCUGUGCUGGGGCCCAGGCUAUACCGGUGGUGAAGAUCCUCUCAGUUUAUUGCGGGACGUCAUCGACGCCGAGGAGAUCAGACUUGACAGGUGGACCGUUGUUUUUCAUACUGAGGAGAAGGAGGACAAGUCCCAGCAAGGUCUCAAUGCAGCAGGUAAACGUCGUGUUGCCGGCGAAGACAAUACGCAGAUAUUUGUAAUGAACAAUUACUUUGGUAUUGGAAUUGACGCUGAUCUGUGUUUGGACUUUCAUAACGCACGCGAGGAGAACCCAAACAAGUUCAACAGCAGAUUGCACAAUAAGGGUGUCUACGUGAAAAUGGGUCUGCGCAAGAUCGUUCGACCGAAAUUGUGCAAAGACCUCCAGAAGGAAAUAAGAUUAGAGGUCGACGGUAGACAGGUUGAUUUGCCCCAGGUCGAAGGAAUAAUUAUACUUAACAUUUUGAGUUGGGGCUCCGGAGCAAAUCCUUGGGGACCAGGCAGAGAGGAUCAGUUCAAUACACCAAAUCACUGGGACGGCAUGCUGGAAGUUGUUGGAGUUACCGGAGUGGUACACCUGGGACAGAUCCAGUCUGGUCUACGCACAGCAAUGAGGAUAGCUCAGGGUGGCCAUAUAAAAAUUCAUCUACACUCAGACAUACCGGUACAAGUGGACGGUGAACCGUGGGUCCAGAGUCCAGGGGACGUGGUAGUCUUGAAGUCCGCGUUAAAGGCUACGAUGCUGAAGAAGACCAAGAGUAAAAUGAAGCGGCGCAAUACAGAGCCGAGCAUGCAGCUGGCACUUCAGACCGCAACGACGAACGAUCCGGAUUCUGAGAUCUUCUGAACGAAAACUGACGGCACGUUACGUACGCGGACUUCGAUGAACGCCAAAGAGUAUUAUUUCGUUCGAACUUACGUACUCGGUGAAUCAGUCGUGGAUUCAUUGUUGAUUCGAUGAUCGGCCUCGGAACCGCUUGCGCCUACGGUCCCGCAACACGUAUUAGAACACAUACGGCAUUUAUAAGUAGUUAAAUAAAAAAAAAAGAAAAAAAAGAAAAAGAAAACGCAACAAGCAAAUUUUACCAUCUGCGGUAGCACUCAGGCGAACGAGUGACGUACGUAUACCUAUAUACACAUAUAUGUACAGGACUUUCAGAGAACACCCGAAUACGUGAUUAUAUACAGUUUAAUUAAUUAAUUGAUUAGUCAAUUAUUUGAUUAAUUAAUUAAUUACCCUCCUCGAGAAUUCAUUGUAAAUCCCCGGUGCUUCGUGUUACGCAGGACCGAUUAUACAUUGUCGCGCGUUUACUAGAAAUGAAAUAGAUCUCAUUUUUACGUAUUUAUAGCACUCUAUGUAACUAUUAUUAUUAUUAUUGUUAUUGAUAAAUAUUCUUUUUUUUUUUUGUUUUUGUAAAAUUACUAUGUACGCCUAACGGGAUAACGUUACGCACCGUUACGAAAGUUCAAGCAGUAUUCGAUUUUGUGAAUUGUGACAGUUCGCGGGAGACAGUGAUGAGAUAACGUCUCCGGGAAUUGUGUAUGCUUACAAAUAAUUGAUUUGCAUUUACGUUUGUAGUGUGUUAGUUUGUGGGUCGAGGGUUGAAGGAGGACAAAAAAUAGAACAAUGUGAAACCGCGAGAUGGCUUAGGCCGCAGGCGAGUAAGACGAAAGAGGAGUUAUAUUGAUUGGGUGAGAGAGACGCGAGAGAGAGAGAGAGAGAGAGAGAGAGAGAGAGAGAAAUAGAAAAGAAAGAAAAAAAAAAUGGUAAACUGUAAUGUAUAUUACGUUUCGUAUGGUAUUUUACCAAAUCUACGGCAAAAUCAUGGUACGGUUAAAAGUAUCGCGAUGUAAAACAUAAUGAAGUCAGUUGUUAUUAAUAUAUAUUAUUAUAUGAAAUAUUUACAACUAAAUAUUAAUAUAUUUACAUAAUAUCGUAUUAGCGCUACAGUUUUAAUUUGUGAUUGUUGUCAAUCUGACUGCAGGGCAGUCUGGAAUUAACGUGUAAACGAAAAAGAAAAAAAAAAAAAGAAAAAAAAACAAUUACCAGUGCAGUCAGAGUUUCCUAGGACACGCGAAAUAAUAGUUAAUUAAAACGGGAAAAAUGGGAGAGAAGGAGAGAAACGGAAAAGAAAAAGGAAAAUUAACGAAUUCGAGGGAAAACAACCGAACGUCGAUUUUAUGUGAAAUUUUCCGUGGGGGCUAAUCGUGGUCGCGCAAGGCAACCUUUUGCCAAUUCGUCUCCCGUCUCUGCGCGACAGAUCGCACAGAAGAAAACUGUUGCCACGUGUGAUAAACUCGAUAUAUGAUAGUGCAAUGAGAGAGAGAGAGUAAGAGCGAAUGUAUGUGCGUAUGCAUGUGAGAGAGAGAGAGAAAGAGAGGCGUCUUGGCAAUAAUGCCAAUAUUAAUUAACGUCUGGCUCCUGUAAACUACUGAUUAGGAAGUUUGCUCGAGCCACUGGGUAGAUAACACAUUCCACUGUAACGUGGCGAGAAACAAUUAUGUACAUUUAUAAAAACUAUGCCAAAGAAUUAUAAAGCCCCUAAAAAUAUAGAUUGGUCGUUCUCGGAUGAUUUUUCAUUGAUAAUAAAAACGGUCAAUAAUCGUCACGACUGUCGGUCCGUGAUGGGAAUCGCGAAGGGAGAACGGUCGAAAGUAACGAGUAUGAGGAAAAGUGAUUUUAAAAGUGGAAAAAAAAAAAAAAACGUAAAAUCUUAAAGCUAAACGAACGUAGAGAUAGACAGUGUGUGUAUGUUGGAAAAUAAAACCGGCAGUAGUAUGCGAAAGGUUGCGAGUGGACGGAAAUCGUUAACGAGCUGGUAAAGUGGAGGAAGUGAGAGAAACAUACGACUGGGACUGUAGCGAGUAGGAGAGCGAGAGAGUGAGACGGGAGGGAUCGUAAGAGUAUACAUUGUAUAUACCCAGGGUGGCUCUGCAGCACAGGCCACGGUGAGUCAACCAGAGAACGAGCAUCGGCGAGACAAGUGGCGUCCGGUCGAUGUUGUGCGGGUUCGAUUUUAAAGAAAAAGAAGGAAAGUUUUCGUAAUAUCCCGCGUACGCGAUGUUAUUGCGCGGAAGAGAAAUGCGACUUGGGUAAUAAUAAUGGCGUCGGUCGGCGUGUUGAAAUCGUGACAAGUGUUAAUAUACUUGACGUGACUAUAGUGCGAGAACGUUUAUUGUUCUUUCCUUCGUCCUCUUCUUCUUCUUUAUAAUUUUCCUUACCUUUGCUUUCCACUUCGUCACGGGAGAUGGAGCCGCGAUCGCACUCGGACUUGGGACUUUGGCAUCGUGACCAGUGUGUUGGGAAGGGCAAUCUCGGUGCCAAAAACAAAGUUGUACAUAAUAUAUAAACAUAUAGAAGUAAGCAGAGAAAAAGUAAGAGGGACUUAUAUUGUGAGUGAGUUUAAUAUUUGGUGCGUCGUAUCGGUGCUGGUGUUUUACGUGAAUAUCGGCGUUAUGGUACUGCGAGAGAGAGAGAGAGAGGGAGAUUGGAGAAAGACAGAAAAAACAUGUACAAUUUAUUGUGCCGGCUGUUACGGAGAUGGACGAUCGAAAUGACGCGUGUCACUGGUCUUGUCUAAUGUAAGUAAAUGCCAAUGGGACUCACGUGAACUGUGUUGCGAGGCUCGGGGUGGACGAUUAAGCGGGAACGAGAAAGGAGGGUGGAUUUUUGAGGUUAGGUGGAGGGACGGGGAGAGAAAAAGAAUAAUUGAAGAAAAUACGAUUCGGCUCGAACGAGAAAGAGAAUCAAAGGAGUCACAUACAGAAGAAAAAAAAAAAUACGUUAGUUCGUGUUAUUAGGGCGCUUGUAGAACGCGCUCUUGCACCUAGUCAACUAAUCCCGUAGACUCCCCGCUGGAUGUCUUAAGAAAUAUUUAAAAAGUACUAUUCGAAAAGGCGAAAAAAAAGGAUUAAUCACUAACAAACCAAAUUUACGCGGGAGGCCUUCAUUUACGGAUAAUUGAUUGGCCUCCCUGUUCCUAACCUGCCGGCGAUGAUAUGGGGCUCAGUCAUUCAUGUAUUGUAUCCGUAUCAAUGACACAUGAAUGACACAUCCACGGCAGAUUGGCGAAAAAACAUUUGUUAAUCUGACCAAACUGUAAUACUGUAAUACUUGCUGUCGCUAUAAAAAAUAGACGAAUAGAGGGCUAUGAACAAUCUACGUAUAAUAAAUGAAUGUAUGUGCUAUGA